CAAGUAUCAUAUCAUAUGAUAACAAACAAGUAUGAGAUACGAUCAUGAGGCCCAAAAUUUCCGAACAGAGAUUUGUUAUGAUCAUGAUCAUUCCUCCGCAAAUAUCUUCCAUCAUCCGCCACAUUCCACAAUCCACGCUAUCCAGACUGCACACCAGGAGCCAGAAAUGGGGUUAACCUCUGCCAUCUUCACAGCUUCAGCAGCAACCAGCUCCAGGUUCCUUGUCAGAUCGCCACUUCCAAGCUUCUCUCCACACCUUUCUAUCUCUAAAAUCUGCAAUCUAAGUUUAAAUCGUCGCCGGAGAUCAUCCUCGCUUCGGAAACAUACAGGUCGCCGGCUGGUGUCUUGCAGUCAAGUGCAGAUCCAGGACGGCACCGACGAGGAGGAGGCAUGUGAGCUUGUGAACGGAAUUGAGGUUUCUAUCGGUGAGGGAUCUGAUACUGUUCCUGCUUAUCUUCUCACCGCCGUGAAGAACAACAAUGGAACUGGUAUUUUGCUCUUGUCUGAUGUAUUUGGGUUUGAAGACUCGUCUACCAGAGAUUUUGCUUAUCGUAUCGCCUGCAACGGCUACAACGUUCUAUUACCCGACCUAUUCAACGGAGAUCCAUGGCGAAAAGAAAACCCCAAGGCCUCGCUCGAACCAUGGCUAGCAACUCAUAGCCAAACCGCUAGCAAAUCCAUUGCAACAUCAAGAAAAUGGAUGGUGGAUGAAUUCGUAGCUGCAGGGAUCUCAAAGAAGCUCGGGAUCAUUGGCUUUUGUUUCGGUGGUGGCAAAGUAGUUGAAGUUCUUGCCGACGAUCACGACGGCUAUUUCGGCCUCGGAGUCUCGUUCUACGGCACGAGAAUCGAGCCGUCUGUCGCUGCUAACGUGAAGGUGCCGAUACUGUUCAUUACAGGUGACAACGAUCCGCUGUGUCCGGUGAAGGUGGUGGAAGAUAUUGAGAGGCAUAAUGUGGGGGGAUCAAAGGUGGUGGUUUUCAAAGGGAGAGGCAAUGGAUUUGUUCAUAGACCUGCAUCAGCUGAAGAUGAUAAGGAUGCAGAAGCAGCUUUUAUGAUCAUGAGAAAUUGGUUGCAUAACGGGUUGGUUGUGGAGAAAAAGUAAUUGUUGCUUAUUAUAUAUUUUUCAAUGUAUAUAUAGAUAAGUGAUUCACAUGUGAA